AUGAUAUUGGACAUAGAGUUUAACACUUUAACAUUCUACAGAUUAUUGUACACCAUUAGGGAAGUCACUAAACUGCCUGCGAUGCGGUUUGACUUCCUCGUUCAAAACCUUCCCGACUUCGUUCGUGGCCAAAGCAUAUCCGGAUACUUAGAGGAGGAUAUCAAUAAAGCUACCUACGGGAAAUUCAAACCUGAAGAUGAUUCCCUUUUCAAUGAGCAUCUAAAGGGUGCGUAG